CGGGCGGGGCUAAAAUACCCAUGCAGAAGCAACCAACCAAGCGUACCGGACGCGAGCUCGACGACUGAAAAAUCGGCAACCCCGGCAAGGAGGAAGCUUCCGCGAAGCUCACUCCCCUCCCCGCUCCCCCCCCCCCCCCCCCCCCUAUUUAUCGCCGCCUCCCUCCUCCGCCUCCACCCACCCCACACAUCCCCAUCAAUCCAUCCAUCUUUCCUGCUACAAUCCCAUCCGCAUUCAUCUCCUUUGAGUAGCUUCUCUCCUCCCGAUUGUUUCCUCUGCUCGAAGAUGAAGCUCUCCAUGCAGUCGCUGGCCCGGAAGCUCUCCAUCCCGUCGCCCAAGCGGGGCAAGAAGCAGCAGCAGCAGGACGGCAGCGGCAAGCGCGGCAUCUCCCGGAGCGAGGCGCCGUCGUUCGCGUCGGCGUCGUCCUCCUCCACCUCGUCGUCCUCCGAGGACGCGCUGCCGCGGGCGUCCACGCCGCGGUCGGUGCUCCCCGCGGAGAUCUCGCGGCGGGAGCUGGAGGCCGUGCUCCGGCGGCUGGGCCACGAGGAGCCGUCGGACGACGAGCUGGACGCCGUGGCGGCCAUCGCGGCCGCCGGGGAGGCCGGCCCCGAGGACGAGCUGAUGGAGGCGUUCAACGUGUUCGACGCCGACGGCGACGGCCGCAUCACCGCCGAGGAGCUCCGCGGCGUGCUGCUCGCCAUCCUCGGCGGCGAGGCCGACGGGUGCAGCCUCGACGACUGCCGCCGCAUGAUCGGCGGCGUCGACGCCGACGGCGACGGCUUCGUCGGCUUCCAGGACUUCGCGCGCAUGAUGAUGGUGUCCACGGCGGCGGCCACCACCUCGGCCGGCCCGAGGUUCCUGUGAACCAACCCGUCGACCCGCGACGCCAGACUCCUCUGUUCACGCUCUGUUCUGCUGGCCCCCACGCCCACGUUCCCGCGAAAUCUCGAUCGGCCGCGAUGCAUGCGCUCAGAUGUGCGAUGCUCGUUUCGUUUCAGCUUCUUCUUCUUUUUGGCGCGCACCGUGAUGAGGAAUGCCAUGCGGCAGCUAGCUCAAGUAUAAUCAGGAUCACUAUGCUACGACCAGUAGUCUACUACGUGCUAGUUAUUAAAUAUCGACCUGUAAAAUUUGUCCGAGAGCUGGAUCGAUCGAGAGUGUGUGCGUGUGUUGUGUUGGCAAUGGGAAAUGCUUUGUUGCUUGGUUUUUUACAACAAUUGGUCUUACUCGGGCCAGCUACUGCUAAUAUACUUACCUCCCGUCCUUUUUACUCCA